CCACAACAUCCAAAUCAUCGCCAUCAUGUCUGACAAAAGAGUUGAAACGGACGCUGCUGAAUUGCUCUCGUCCCUCUCUAUUCAGAAGAAGGAUUCACCAGCACCUGCUGAUUCUAAAGCCAAGCCAGAUGCUGAACAAGCCAGCUCAGAACUGAAGGACUCUGGAGCUAGCAAGACCGAAGAACCCACAGAAUCUAAGAAGGACAGUGCAUCUGAAGAGACAAAGGAGGCUAGCGAAACUAACGAAACCAAAAAGGAUGGAGAGAAUGACGAAACGAAGACCCCAGACACCAACUUGAUCAAGUCCACCUACGAAGUAAAGGUUAAGUUGGCUGAUUUACAGGCCGAUCCAAACUCCCCGUUAUACUCGGUGAAAUCCUUCGAAGAGUUGGGUUUGUCUCCCGAAUUACUCAAGGGUUUGUAUGCCAUGAAGUUCAACAAGCCUUCCAAAAUUCAAGAAAAGGCCUUACCUUUAUUGAUCUCCAACCCUCCAGAGAACAUGAUUGGUCAAUCCCAAUCAGGUACAGGUAAGACUGCUGCCUUUUCGUUGACCAUGUUGUCUAGAGUCGAUGAAAACCUUCCUGUCACUCAAUGUAUAUGUUUAUCUCCAACCAGAGAGUUGGCCAGACAAACGUUGGAGGUUAUCCAAACAAUGGGUAAGUUUACCAAGAUUACCACCCAAUUGAUUGUUCCUGAAGCUCUUGAGAAAGGCAAGCUGUCCAACGCUCACAUCUUGGUGGGAACUCCCGGUUUGCUCUUGGAUCUUUUGAGAAGAAAACAAAUAAAUGCAUCUCAGGUCAAGGUCUUCGUGUUGGACGAAGCUGACAACAUGUUGGAUGCUCAAGGUUUAGGGGACCAGUGUCUUCGUGUCAAGAGGGUUUUGCCAAAGCAAGCCCAGCUUGUUUUAUUUUCGGCUACUUUCCCAGAUGAAGUCAGAAAAUAUGCCGAAAAGUUUGUGCCAAAGGCCAAUUCUCUUGAAUUGAAGCAAGAAGAACUUAACGUUGAUGCCAUUAAACAAUUGUACAUGGACUGUGAUUCUGUGAAUCAUAAGUUUGAAGUUUUGUGUGAGUUGUAUGGAUUGUUGACUAUUGGUUCUUCCAUUAUUUUCGUCGAAAGAAAAGAUACUGCUGACCAUUUAUACCAAAAGAUGAAACAAGAAGGCCAUCUUUGUUCCAUCCUUCAUGGUGGUUUACAGGUAUCUGAAAGAGAUAAAUUGAUCGACGACUUCAGAGACGGCAAAUCGAAGGUUUUGAUCACUACCAACGUGUUGGCCAGAGGUAUCGAUAUUGCUUCAGUUUCCAUGGUGGUCAACUACGAUUUGCCUGUAGACAAGAACGGAAAUCCAGACCCUUCUACCUACUUGCACAGAAUUGGUAGAACCGGUAGAUUUGGUAGAGUUGGAGUUGCUAUUUCCUUUGUUCACGACAAAAGGUCUUACGAUGUCUUGCAGGCUAUCCAGGCAUACUUCGGAGGUAUUGAAAUGACUAGAGUUCCUACCGAUGACUGGGAUGAAGUUGAGAGGAUUGUAAAGAAAGUCAUUAAAAACUAGUAUAGGAACAAUACAUGUGUGGUAAGGUUUGCAUAAUUCUUUGCAAAUCAAUGUUAUAUAAA